AUGCCAUCGCCGCCGACGUCCACGGCAGCGGCGGCGGCGCAGCAGCUGGAGUCCCUCCUUCCGCUCCUGUCCACGCUCUCCCACUACAAGCAGUUCCACGCGCGCCUCCAUGCCUUAGGCACGCUCCACUCCUACCCAUCCCUCCGCGCGCGCUUCCUCGACCGCCUAGCGCUCUUGCCGCACGCAGACGCGCUUCCGCACGCGCUACUCCUCCUCCGCUCCCUCCCGUCCCCCGCAACCAACGACCUCAACGCCGCCCUACGCGGCCUAGCCGCCUCCCCGCACCCGGCGCGCUCUCUCCUCCUCCUCGCCGGCCGCCUCCUCCCUGCUCCCGCGCCGCCACGGCCUCGCCUCGAUGCGCUCUCCCUCUCCUUCGCGCUGAAGGCCACAGCCCGAUGCUCGGACGCGUUCGCCACACUCCAGCUCCACGCGAUCCUCGUCCGCCUCGGUGUGGCUGCUGAUGUCCGCCUGAUGACCACGCUGCUCGACUCCUAUGCCAAGUGCGGCGACCUCGCGUCCGCACGGAAGGUGUUUGACGAAAUGUCCGUGCGGGACGUGGCCACAUGGAACGCCCUGCUCGCAGGGCUGGCGCAGGGGACGGAGCCGAAUCUCGCUCUCGUGCUGUUCCGCAGGCUGGCAGGGAGCUUUCGGGAGUUGCCGCCAAGGGAGGAUCCAAAUGAGGUGACUGUUGUCGCUGCACUUUCUGCAUGUGCACAGCUUGGAGCAUUAAAGGAUGGAUUGGCUGCGCACGAGUUUGCUCGUACAAUAGGAGCUGUGGGCAAUGUUCGUGUCUGCAACUCGCUUAUUGACAUGUACUCCAAGUGUGGCUCAUUGAGCCGGGCUCUCGAAGUGUUCCAUUCCAUCAAGCUAGAAGAUCGAACACUUGUGUCCUACAAUGCUACAAUUCAGGCGCUUUCCAUGCACGGGCACGGGGAAGAUGCACUGAAGUUGUUUGAUGAAAUGCCAGCUCGUAUUGAACCGGAUGAAGUAACUUACCUUGCUGUGUUGGGUGGGUGCAACCAUGCUGGGCUUGUUGAUGAUGGGUGCAGGGUUUUCGAUUCCAUGCGGGUUGCUCCCAAUAUGAAGCACUAUGGGACCAUUGUGGACCUCCUUGGCCGUGCAGGCCGCCUUGCUGAGGCACAUGACAUGAUUAUGCAUAUGCCAUUUCCAGCAGAUAUUGUCCUCUGGCAGACAUUGCUAGGUACUGCCAAGAUGCAUGGUAAUGUGGAUCUAGCAGAGUUGGCUGCCACAAAGCUUGCUGAUCUUGGCUCUAACGUUGAUGGUGACUAUGUGCUCCUGUCCAAUGUAUAUGCGUCCAAGUCCUGGUGGGUGGAUGUUGGUCGAGUCCGUGACACCAUGCGAAGCAAUGAUGUGAAGAAAGUCCCUGGCUUCAGCUACACAGAAAUAGAUGGCGUAAUGCAUAAGUUCAUUAAUGGUGACAAAGAACACAUGAGGUGGAGGGAAAUAUACAGAGCAUUAGAUGAAAUUGGGUCAAGAAUCUGUGAGCUGGGGUAUGAGCCAGAAACGAGCAAUGUGCUACAUGACAUUGGGGAGGAGGAGAAGCAGUAUGCUUUAAGCUACCAUAGCGAGAAGCUGGCCAUUGCAUUUGGGUUAAUUUCCACACCACCUGGGGAGACUAUUCGAGUGAUCAAGAAUCUCCGAAUAUGUGGAGACUGUCAUGUGGUGGCAAAACUUAUCUCUAAAGCCUAUGGUCGGGUGAUCAUUAUCCGGGACAGGGCAAGAUUCCACCGGUUUGAAGAUGGACAGUGUUCCUGCAGAGAUUACUGGUAA